AUGGAGCUGGUGGGUUCAAAGGAUCGGUUUUCCGCAGACGAGCGUAUCACAAUCAACGUCAAAUUCUCCAUGGUGGGCCAGAUUCGGGCCUCCUUCACCGAGGAGCGAUGGACCCAGGCAUACGACAAAAACGAUGUCGUCUUCAAGCUAAAGUACGGCAUCAAGCUGCAGGUCGGGGGGUUCAGAAAACGGACCUUGGGCAGCCAGAUAGACUCCUACAGAAAGGCAUCCAUCUUCUGGACCCGAAAUCCCCUGCUUGUCAAUCCCAUGAAGGAGCGGCGGGUCUGGGUUCAGGUUGCAAAGAACUUCAAGCCGUUUAUCCGGCUUACCGAGGAGGAGGUGAGGGAGGAGCUGUUUGAUUUUGACGAGGGGAUCUCCUUCCAGGCAUCCGAGCUGGGAUCUGGAAGACACGCCAUAUCCGCCGAGGUGCAGGCCUCGUGGCAGAAGCACGAGUUUAUCCCCUCCCAGAGCUGCAAGAACAACAGCCCGGAGAUCGAGCUAAUCAUAAAUUAG